CUGAAAGUUGCCUAGCUUACACGAUGUUGUUGACAUUUGCCACACUCAUGAUCGCAAUACAAUGUGGAUUGUGUGACAAGGUGUCACCAAAACCAGGUCUGAAAUUAUUCAGAGAGGAUUACAAAAGCGUUGAAGAAACUUGUCUGGCUGUUGGAUUUGUCAAAAACAACUGUAGAAAUGAUUCUAAGACAAAUCCGUAUCACCAGGUUGUUGCUUUCGAGGUUCGAUUAAGAGAUCAUCAAAGAAAUCUUGCCGAAAAUGCGCGGGUUGUGUUCGAAACAGUUGAUCUGAACAAAGGAUUUGGAUACGACUCCUCUACCGGAAUCUUCACAACCCCUAGCGGCGGAAUCUAUGUGCUUGACUGGACAACUGUUACAUUCCCAAUUCAAGCUGCCUACACUUCACUUGUCGUGAAUGACCAGUUCAAGUCAUGGAACUAUUGUCGUGACGUGAAUUCUAAAACAUACCUUCUUUGUAACAAAAUGACAGUUGUGAAGCUAAAGAAAGGAGAUAAAUUUUGGAUUGGAGUUUUUCGUCGGCCAACUAAUUUGCAUAAUCAGUAUACGUCAUUUUCUGGUUAUAAACUGUAA